AUGGAAGAACACUUGUCCAGAGAAUGGGCUCUUUUAAAGGAUCCUGUUAUCCAUACUGAAAGACUAGAGGCCAUUCGUCAAAAGAAAGGCUACAUUAUUGAUAUGGAUGGUGUCAUUUACCACGGCACGAACCUCUUACCGGGCGCGAAAGAACUUGUUCAAUUUUUGCAAGAAAAUAACAAAAAGUAUCUUUUCCUUACCAACAAUUCAGCCCCUACCCCUCAAGAACUCCAACAAAAGUUACGUCGUCUGGGUAUUGAUGUGGAAGCAAAACACUUUUUUACCUGCGGUCAGGCAACAGCCCUCUUCCUUGAAUCUCAAAUGCCCGGCGGCGGUACCUGCUAUGUGAUCGGUGAGCCUGGUCUCGCUUACGCUCUUUAUGACAAGGGCUUUGACAUGAAUGAUCACGACCCUGAUUACGUUGUCCUGGGUGAAACAUCCGCUAUCAACUUUGAAAAGAUCACCAAAGCAGUCCAGCUCGUCCAAAAAGGAGCCAAGCUCAUUGCCACCAACCUGGACAUCGAAACCUUGGAUUCACAAGGCCGUAAGAUUCCUUCCACCGGUGCUUUUGCCGCUUCGAUUGAACUUGUCACCAAGACGCAAGCCUUCUACUGUGGUAAGCCUUCCGCAUUGAUCAUGCGUUACGCUCAACGUGUCUUGGGCCUCAGUCGCUUGGAGACGUGUAUUAUUGGUGACCGUAUGGACACAGAUAUCGUCGCCGGUAUCAGUUCCGAAAUCGAUCCUGUGCUGGUGUUGUCGGGCGUCACCAAGAUGGAAGACUUGCAUCAAUUUGCCUAUGGUCCUUAUUUGAUCUUGGGUGGUGUUUAUGAAAUUCCUAGUGACGAUCCUUCUCAUCAUGUCACGGACGAAGACCUUGAAGAAGCCAGCAGAAGAGCCUCUUUCUUGUAA